AAAGCGGAAGUUCCGAAGAAGUGACUGCUGCUGAAAUGUGGAAAUUCUGAUCGGUCGUCAAACUAAAACAAUAGUAAUAAAAAAAGUAGAUAAGGAGGAAUGAAGCGGAGCGAAGAAUGGUGCACGUGUACAACUGUCACCCAUUUGCUUCGCAGCAGAUUGUUCCGACAGAGCAGGAGCCUGGCUUGUUCUGUUGCGGCGGAGAUGUGCUCUUCGUUGUAUCUGCUGUUGGUUGCAAGAUUGAGGCAUUCUCGCUGCAGGAGGACCGCUGCACUCCCUUCUGCCGGUUUUCUACAAUGGGAAAUGUCCUGAGGAUAGCGCAUAGUGAAGUAGGGGAUUAUCUGGUUACAAUAGAAGAGAAGAGCAGCUCCAUAUAUUUGAGGGCAUAUACAAACUGGAGAUGCCAAACGGCAGAAAAAACAAGAGUUGGUGUUCGUUUGUUAGGACAUUUUGUAAGAAACUCAUCCUUUCGUUCAUCUCCCAAGGAGCAGAUGGAAAUUAUUGAGAUCCCACUCUCUGAAACACCUCUCUGUAUCUCAUGCUGUCCAGAUACUGGUGAUCUUCUUGUGGGAUGUGAAAAGAGUCUAAUUAUCUUCAAGUUGAAAAAUGAAGUUUUACAUGAGCAGCUCUCAGCCCUUGACUUUGAACGCUUCCUCAUCUUGCAUGUGCCAGGCUGGAUCCCAACAGCAGUUUGCUACUGUGCUGGCUAUAUUGCUGUACAGAUAGACCUGGAAGUACUAGUAGUGAAGCUAGAAUAUGUUCAGAAAUCAUCACAAGAUGUCAGUAUUAUGCUGGGUAAUGAUGAGCGGACUGAUGAUAAACCAGAUCUAAAAAGGCAGGCCUCCCAGAAUGAGACGGACGACUUCUGCAUCUUUCAGAAGCACCAGGAGAUGUUGGGACAGGCGGCUGUUGAGUGUGGAGUGUCUGUGACACCAGAGAAAACUGGAGUGGAUUUUGAUGAAGAUAUCAAAAUUCAGUAUAUUCUGUACAGGAGAUUUGCUCCAGAUUUUUUCCAAGGCCAUACUGUGGAAGAAACCCAACUUCGUUCUCUUAGUCUGUUGCCUAUCUAUCGAACAGGUGAUUCUAACCAUUGUGGUGAUGUCAGACCAAGGGAGCUUUUAAAUAUGUUGUGCUUUUUCUCACUUCCCAACACUGGCUAUUUGUAUAGCUUGAAAAGCCCAGUGGAACUUAUCUCUAAUUACCAAUAUCCUGAAAAAGCCCUUGCAGCAGUUUUGAGCACUCGCUUUUUAUAUGUCAUCACCAGUCAUGAUUUGCAGUGUUUUACUGUCCGCUGUAGUGCGCUGGCAGCCCGGCUUGAGGAUCCAUACAUGGACACUACUAUGAGGACCUGUCCACCCACCUCACUGGAAGUUUGUGCUUUACGAAUACAACUUUUUAUUGGUCUUCAGGCUUUGUGCCUUUGCAAAAACCACCUGAUCCUGCUAAGUAAAGCCGAUGUUGACAGUGAUGGAAUAGACAGAAAGGUUACCAAAUCAACACUGUCUAAAAAGGCAAGCUUUAAAAAAAAGACGCCUGAGGGCGGUCAUGGCUGGAAUCUGUACAUUGUGGAUAACAUUCCUGUUAUUCAGCUCUACAGGGAAAUGGUUGAUUAUAGUAAAAAAUACAGUGCAAGCAACAGCCAAUCCCAGAACUGCGUCCACCUCUUGUGUGAAGCCCACCUUCUCCUGAGGGCAGCAUUGAUGGACCCAAUGCUGACGAAAACAGACGAAAGAGAAGAGCUUAUGGUGGCAUUUAAAGAGAGCUGCAUUCUUCUCGGAGAUUGUUACAGCAGGCUUGAUACUAGAGAGUCUCAUCUUGCUCUUCCCUAUUACAAAAUGUCUGGGUGGAGUAUGACUGACAUUAUUAAUAGAAAUUUAACUUUUUCGCAAAAAACACACACUUUUGGGAAAGGUUUUAUGUUUUACCUGAAGAAUUCUUUAUGUGAUGAAACAGGUGAAGAACUAAGUACGGAUAUAGCAGAGCAGGUAUUGACCAUCUUCAGCUCUACCGAGCCUAGUCAGCUUCCACAUGUUGUGUGCAGUCCCAGCAUGAUUAACGGCAACCCUGCAACAACAUUCACGUGUCUGGAAAAGUGGGAGGCAAUAACCCCUAGUGUCACAGUUACACUGACAAAGGCAGCGAUUGCACUGAAGAUGAAGGAUCUGCAGCUGUACAAAAGGCAAAUGGAUCGUCAUGCAGAGAUGCUGCAGGUCUAUGGUUUUAUUGAAGAGCCAAAGUUACUCAUUCAUCGUACACCAGAGGGUAUUAAACCAACUGCACUGGCAUGUCAUCUGAGAGAGACACAGGAUGGGCUGCUGGUAGCUGCCACAGUGGCACUUCAUGAAAAUGGCAAAAUGAAGCUUACAGAAGCAGACGUCUUCUUUAAGGUGCUGUGCAAAGAAACUGGACAUACAGAAAGUGAGCCUCAGUUGCUAGUUGAUUUUUGGGAAGCACUUUUGGUGGCUUCAGCUCAGGAAUCUAUCAUUCAAGACCUUCUUUUUAAACUGGUUUCAGUGUAUAUACAUCGGAUCUCUGCAAAAGAAAAUCUCGGCAUUAAACCUUUAAAAACAGCAGAAGACCUGAUAAAUUCCUCCACACACUAUGGGCUUAUAUUUCCGUGGGUGACUGUCAUCACCCCAGCUCAUUUCAACAUUGCCUAUGAGUACCAGGAGGAUUUACAAAAGCUGCAGGCCUUGUUGUGUGGCCCUUCUCUAGAGGUGUCCUCAAUAUUCCCAUUGCUGGAACAUCUAUCUGAUAAAGACAAUGCUGGCUUUAGCGUACAUGUACUCUGUGCAUCUAAACAAGGACAGUGUGAACACGCAAUCGUCAAACUAUUGGAUACGUGUCCAGAAGCCAUCAUGCUUUAUGCAAAUCAUGAGCUCCACCACGAUAAGCAGGCCCUUUGGUGGCAGAAACUUUUACCAGAACUCUGCGAGAGGAUAAAAUCCAGUGAAGACGAAAGUGACAUUUUACUUUUUUCACUUAAAGAAACCUUAUCAGUUAUUGCUAUGGAACUGAAUCCACUGGAUUUUCUGUGCCUUAUGCCAGACGACGGGAUGGCAGCUUUUUUUUUGCCCUAUCUCUUUGAAUGCAGCCAGAAGAGCUUAAUAACUCAAGGGGAGUGUAACUGAGUAGAGGGUCUACUGUGGCAGGCCGGAGAUGACAGCACUGUAUGUCUGUUCACCAGCGCCUGCACCACCUUACUGAGCCCCUGUUUACGUGCAGCUCUGUUCAGUUUAGGUCAGUGCAAAGUUAGCUUUGAAGUAUAUUUUCAGAGUCCUAUGUAUUAUUACUGUAAUGGAGUGACCAAACAUACUUUUGUAGAUUCCACUACUAUUUUUAAGUCUGAAAUUCUAUUUAUUUAUAUCUAUAUAAGCUAAAAAUAUCAAUGGUACAGUGUAUGUGUGUGUAAAAAUAAUAUUAAAUACUGUAUGAUUUCUUUAUCUCAUCGUAACAGUAAAUGUUCAGAAUAACUACAAACAAUAUUUAAUAUUGAAAAGAAUUUAAAUUCAUAUGAUCUGUAUCUUGUCAUCUUUUUUUCCUAUUUUCCAUGAAAUCUUUUUGUUCGCAAUUCCAAAUUUAAAGAUACAUUUUACUAAGGUUGUCUUUAUUAAAUUUAGCAACACAUUAAAUUCUGAGCCCUUUUCAAAACAUGUGCAUGCCUUUAACAUUUUAAGUUCAUGAAUUGUAUUUAUUUUUGUAUUUGUACUCCUACCACAUUAACAAACUAGUGACUGUGCAAGAUGUCAAGUUUUUUUGGGGUACUCCCCAAUUAUUGGCUGUCUAGACCCGAAUAACACUCAUUUUAGGCCCUUUUUUAAACACCCUUAUAAUAAACAGCAAAGCAAUAGGUGUCUUCAGCAAGAAAAAUCAGGAGGUCUUGAAGUUGAGAAGGCCACAUCAACCAACCCAAGGUGUUCAUCCCCUAAAGGGACAUGAUAAAGUAUUGGCAGUACAGGCGGGUGGAGUUCUGUUUUAUGCUAUGUCAAUCUUGGUGAUAAUGAAUAUUUUAAGAUAAUAUUGUGGCAUGGUGGUUAAGACUUUGGACUUUAAACCCUGAGGUUGUGGAUUCAAGUCUUACUACUGCCACUGUGUGACUAUGAGCAUGUCACUUCAACUUCCUUUGCUGGAACAGCAAAAGAAAUGUUAACCGUAAAUCAUGUUGCCUUAAACAAAUUAUAAAUAAAUAAAUACCACUGGUCCCAGCCAUUUAAGAGCAAUUGCAAGAAGGUUAAAAGUGACAAAUGACAAACAUACUUAUUUUGACAAUUACCUUGUGAAUGAAUAACAUUUAACUAACCUGUAGUUAACUGUUAUUUAUUUUCACAGUUAAUUUUUGUUAUGCAUGUAUCCCAAUUUUGUAAAUUACCUUAAGUCCUCUUCCAGUUAACAUAGUAACAUUCUCGUAAUCAAUCAAUCAAACCCAGGGUAACAGGUAGCUUUGAGCACAAGAAAGGAACAACCCUGGACACGCUGACAGUCAAUGGCAGUGCCAACACUGAAGGCUCAAUGUACAGUGUGCUGUGGUUAGGAUGUUUCUAGAAACAUUACUGUCUGCUAUAUUAACAGAAUAGUGUGGAUAGUUUGUAUAUGGUAAUAAAAAUCUUUAUUUAACAGUACAUGUACUUUAUAUAGAGAAGAAAACAUUGUUUAUCAGAAUUUGAUUUUGUCAUUUAUUAUUGUGUAACAAUACAUCAUAAAUGGGAAUGAUAAAAGUCUAGUUCAGUUUGAAUUUGUGUAUGCUUGAUCGAUUUAUAGAUAAAUUGGAAUACUUUUUGAGAUAUGGAAAACACCAAUGUGUUUGUGCUUAGCCACCUUUCUCAAAAAGACAGAAGGUUCCAACACUUGCGUACACUUGACUUUGCACCCAAACCAUUGGUGUCAUUCUUACCAGUUUUCCCAAGCUAAAGUCCUUAAAAUAAAAUAACAAAACAUAUUUUGAAAAAACGGUUUAUUUGUGCUUUUUAAAAAUAAUACAGAAAAGCUGAAAAUGUUGUUCCGAGAUUUAUUAUCUGGGAAAAGACAGCGUUGAUAACAGAAGCCAGCCAAAUGUGUAGAUUAUCUAAACAGAAUGAAAAAAAGAAAACAUUUUGUCACUUUUAAUUAAAAGUUAUUUUUGGCAAAGUAGGCUUAAUCAAUAUAGUGUUUUAGUUUUAUAAGUGUGCUAUGUUGUCUACUUAUGCCAUACACAUUGAGUUAAUGUGCUCAAAUAUUCCUAACAUUAGGUUUUUGGAGGAAGAAGAAGCUACUCUUUCAGUUUCCCAUGCUGUUGCCACUGGUACCUCUCCCAAGUUCAAGCUUUAUUAGUUACCUGCCAGAUAUCAUUGCCAAUACUUAGAAAUUACAUUUCCUUAUUUUUGCUAUUUCUUGGUCCCCUCACUUUUGAUAAAGAGUUUUGUUUAUUUUAAAGCAGUUACAUAUUGAAAUGUAGACACUGGUCUAGUAAAAUGUCCAUUCGCAAAGGGCUCCUUUAUUAGUAUUUGGAUGUAUGUGCAACCAUCAUCGCUUAGUUAAUUUAAAAUGAUUAUAAAGGAAUUAUAACAAAAUGAAGUAUUUCUACGCACUCCUAAAACAUGCACUCAUCCAUCUUUCCUGUCAGCAUCACAGUCAUUUUGCAAGACAGAAACUUACUUUUUUUGCCUUCUCUCUUCUUAUCCAAGUUUUUCUUUUAAAAAUGAUUUUAUAUUCGUCAAAGUGCUCUUUGAUUCUGUAAAGAAUGUAUAUGUCAGAUAUUCAUAUCCAGACUGAAAGCAGUACAGUUAAGAAAGAUGUUUGGCACAUUAUUCAGGAUUUUCUAGCACAGUGCAUCAGUUUUAAGUCUCCCAUGUAAACACAUUUCAGGGCUUUUUUUUCAUAGCCCAUCUGCAUUGAAAAGAACUGCCAGACCAACAUUUAGACAUCUCCUUGUUAUCUAUAUGGUUGUUUGGAAAAGAUCUUUUUAGAGCUGCAGUAAUUUGAUUCAUGAGUUUGGUAAAUGUCCAGGCGACGUCCCCUUUUCGUUUGGCAAUAUGGCUUAGGAGCCAAGGAGCUGCACUUGUAACAACAACUCCACUGCAGGUUCUUUUAGUAAUUGAUUGUACCUGUCAGUACUUCAGUCAUGUAUGUUAUGUUCUGGCCUAUGCCUCAACACUUGCUUAGGCUGGUGGUAAUGUAUUAUACAACCCCAAUUCCAAUGAAGUUGGGACGUUGAGUAAAAUGUAAA